CCUGAACGCAGCACCGUGGCUCUUUCUGACGAGUGGAACUGACGGUGUGUGGUGGUGCGGCGACGAGCGACAGCUAACAUCUCAGUAUGGAGAACCAAGGAGAGGCCGCCGGGGCGGCCACCUUCCCCCAGGUGGCGUUCAUCGACACCCCGUACUCGUAUCCGCCUUCGAACCCCGUCACCUGCCGCUACACCCUCACCACCGCCUUCCAGCCGACCCCCCGGGACUGGGUGGGCAUCUUUAAGGUCGGGUGGAGCACAAUAAAGGACUACCACACCUUUGUGUGGGUGGAGCCGUGUCACGAUGUGGUCGGGCAAGAAUCCACCAUGAGGCCGGUUGUUUUCAAAGAGUACUACCUGCCCAAGAAUGAGCACGACUUCUACCAGUUCUGCUACGUGGACGGAAACGGCGUGGUACGAGGAGCCAGCACCUCUUUCUGCUUCAAGAAGCCGGCGGAGGAAGAAGACCCAGAGAGCGGCUUGCAGGAAGACCUGCUGGUUAUUACUACACAGGAGCAGGUGGACCUGGGCCUGCUUCAGAAAGCUGAGCUGCAGAGGGACCUGGAUCAGAUGAAAGAGGAAAACGAAACCUUAAAAAAAGUUCAACAGACAGAACAGCAACAAGUUGCCAGCCUGAAGCGGCAGAAUGAACAGAAAGAGAGAGAAAUGAGUGCGCUGAUCAAAGAGAUGCAAGAAAUCAAGGAGCAAAAUGACAGCUUAAGAAGCAGCGUGGAGCAGAAGGAAGAGAAAGACGACAGCUUAAAGGAGGACUCGAUGAAGCCGCGGCUCAACGCCACACAGGAGAAAAGCACCUGCUCCAGUUUAGACGGCGCAACGGGACAAAAUGAGACGCACCCUCGGGAGCGGUACGAGCGAGCCGUGAUGAAGAUCAACCAGCUGAAGGCGGAGCGCGCCCAGCUGAGGGGGGAGGUGGAGGCUCAGCGCGCGGAGGUCGCCACGUUAAACUCCAAACAAAGAGAGCAGGAAAGGGAACUGAUCCAAAUGAAAGACACCAUCCAGCUGCUUCAGGUUGACCUUCAGAGCAGUGAGAAGGACAAAGGGAGGCUCUCUGCGGAGCUGCAGAGGUCGCAGAGCCAAACGGCCGCCAUGGACGACAUGAAGAGAGAGAUCCAGGAGCUCAGCAGGAAGCUGGCGAGGCAGACGACGCCGCAGAACUGUUCACCUGAGGACCUGACGGCGCAGUGUCACACUCUCGCCUGCCAGCUGCAGGAGGCCGAGGGGAAGCUGCGGGCUGAGAGGGAGGAGACCAGAGCCGUCCGGAUACGCUCUGAGCACCUGGACCAGGAGCUGCAGCAGCUCCGGGAUCAGAUGGCCCUGCUGGCCUCGUCAGCCGAGAAGGCUGAACGGAUGAGUGGCAAACAAGAGCUGAAGCUCAAAGAGGCGACCGGCGCCAUCGCAGAUGCACGUUCUGCGAUCGCAGAGAAGGACGGCUUGAUAGAGGAGAAGGAGCAGCAGAUCGCACUGGUGGGACUGGAAAAGGAAGAGCUGUCCAGAGAGAACCAGAUGCUCCGGGACGAUAUGGAGAGGCUGCGCGGAGCUUAUGCUGAGCUCCAAACAUCUGCUCAGACCGACGCUCCUCAGCCCCAACAGCCCCAACUGCCCCAACAGCCCGAGCACCCGUAUGAGAUCAUCGAAGCGGGUGCAGAUGCAGAAGAAGAGCAGUCGCUGGUAUGUCGCCACUGCCGCGAGUGCUUCCCCUGCAUAACACAGAACGAGCUGCAGCAGCACGAGCAGAGUCACCGGCUGUGUCCUUUCUGCACGAUGAUCUGCGACAGCAUGGAGCAGUCUGCGUACGAGGAUCACGUCUACAGCCACGGGCUGUGAGCCGCACCCCCGAGACCCCCGCAACGCCACCUCGGGGGCAGGAGGCACAUCGAUCAAUCUUCUCACAAGCCGGGUCGGUUCUGGUGUGAAAUAACCACACCGAUAUUUGCUAUUGCAGUAUUUUACUUCACUGUUGAGCUUUUUCCAACGUGUACGGUUUUGGGCGUUUGUUUUUAUUUCCACCUUUAAUCACCAAUACUGAAAACUCCUUUCUUCAUUUUUAACAAAUGAGCAAAAGUGCUGAAAUUAAAUGGUCUAAGAUUGUCUGUUGAAUUUGUACAGAAUUUAAAGAUGUUUAUUGAGUCUAGAUGCAGCGAUCGUUCAACCAAAUUGGUGGAUAAAAACUCUUUUACCUGGUUUUGGCAGAAUUAAUCGUCCGUGCACGUAGCCAAUGAUUUAAUAUCAGAGUUUAAAAGAAUAAAGAAAGAAAUCGAGAAUAGAGCCCAGUGAUUUGUUUUGUUGAAAAUGAACAGGCAUAAACAUUUUUAAGAUGAAAAGAAUGUAAAUGUAGAUGCUGUAACAUCUAAAUCAAACAAAUAUCUGACCUUCACAAUGAUUGGCAUAUUGCACUAAAAUAAUUUUCUCUUUGGUAAAUGUAUGCUUUGGAAAAUAAAGCAGUGAUUUAUAUAUAUAUGAUUUAUAUUUAAAAGGCCAAAAUAUGCUUUUUCUGUGGAAAAUUCCUUUAAAAAGAUGACGUUAUAACCAUUUACAGUUAGACUUUGCACUUUUCAUCCUUCAGGGGAAACUGCUGCUCUGUAACUUGUGUUGAUUUUAGUGUAUUCUUAACUUCUUUUAAAUUGUAAAUGACAGAAUGAAGGGUGGAUGCCCGUGAACAAAUGUAAACGGCUCUGCUGAAGUAAUCAAAAUAAAACGGUGGAAGGGAGCA